AACAUUAUGUGUAAGGAGAACCUCAAUUCUUCUGCUUUCAGGGUCCGAUGACCUUUGAGGAGGUGUCCGUGCAUUUCUCAGAGGAGGAGUGGGCUCUGCUGGAUCCAGGCCAAAGGACUCUGCACAAGGAAGUCAUGGAGGAGAAUCGUGGGAUCCUGGCCUCUCUGGGUGAUCGCAGGGAGAGCAAGGAAAACGGCGUAGACCAGAGAAGGAAAAUGGAAACUGAAGAGAAGUGGGGAAUCAAAUCCAUUUCUUUUGAAAGAUCAAGACGUCUGUGAAAUUCCAAUACUACGACAACAAAGUAAGAGGAACAUUCACAGUAGGAAGGCACAGAGGAAAAGCUCUCAGGAUAUAAAGACUCAAAAGAUUCACCUUACCAAAUGCCAA